AUCGACUGGUUGAAUUUUCUUUGCGAUUUUUGUUUUGUUUUUCUUCAAAUGGAAUCAUUUUAAUCUCUGAUUUAAUCAACAAUUAACAUUGAACAUGACAAUUUAUUCAUUAAUCUGAUUUACUCUACUUCUUAAUUGCACCUUAAGUUGACCAAUUGAAGAUAUCUACUGUUGGACAAGGUUGUCAUUUGGAAAAUGAGUAAAAAUCGACCUUCAUCUCCCUCUAAUCGUCCACCAUCACGACCUUCGUCUCGUUCAUCUGUAAAUAAACCGAAUCGUCUUCCUGGUGAUAGUGUUUUAUUUGCUCCUGUUUACCAGGAAGAGAAGCUUGAAAAUCUUCACAGUAAAUUGAAAGAAUCAACAUUUGAUGUAACUCUUAUCAAGGAGAAAUUACUAGAAAAAGCGAAAGCAACUCUUAAUCUGACCAGAUUACCACAAUCAGGAUCUUUUAUACCUUUUUUUCAUUUCGAUGAAUUUAGUGAUGUUCAUUUAUCUUUUCUUCAACAUAAUCCACCUUACACUCCAUGGUUUUCAAUAACGGAAACAUAUUUCGGACCAGGAAUCAUUGAACUCCACAAAUCUGUCUACAAUAUACUAAUUGAACAUCAAAAUGAACGAUAUGGACCCGAGCAAACUGAACAAAUUAAUCCAACUGAUCAUGAUUUCCUUAUUGAUAUUGAACUGGACGAUUCAUAUCAACCAUCUUACACCAUAACAAAUUUAAAUUAAUCAUUUAGACUAUCAAAUUAUCCUGAUUAUCAGUGAAUCUCCCUCUUCUAACCACUACAAAGUAUAAAUAUCUUUUCUAUCAAUGUGUCUUAAUGAUUAAUUAACUAAAAACUACCAAUGAUUGAGAAAAUUAAAUCACAAUCUGCAAUAGAAUGAA